AUGUCGAGAACUGAGUGGCAACUGGAAAAAGAGGAAGGAUCUUAUUCUCCAGUAGCACAACUUUGUAUCUUUCUCUUUGGUGAUUAUAUUGAGCAAAUUGGCAUCCUGGUAACCUUUUCUGUGGCUUGCGUAGGUGUCUCACCACUUCUUGCAGCAUCACUGAUCCAUGCUGCAGUAGAUGAAGUUCUCCGGAUAGACUUCACUGAAUUUAAGAAGCCGAGUGCAGAAACGGAGGAGGAAGGCGAUGAGGAAAGGUUCACCUUGCUGGAUGGAGACUCUUUGCAGCGCUGCUUCUUUAACAAGCUUCGGGAUGUCUGCUUGCAAUGGCAGAAGCAGCUGCCACCACUGAAGCCACAGAAGCGUUUUCUGCUCGUGUCCAUCCACGCCAUCCGUAACACCCGUCGGAAGAUGGAGGAUCGCCACGUCUUGCUCCCCGAGUUCAAUCAGCUCUUUGGUUUAGCAGAUGACAUUGAUCGUGCUUACUUUGCCGUAUUUGAUGGCCAUGGUGGAGUGGAUGCUGCCAAUUAUUCAGCAACCCAUUUACAUGUAAAUGUUGGGCUACACGAAGAGAUUGUUAAGAAUCCAGCUGAGGCCUUGAAAUGCUCUUUUCAGAAGACAGAUGAAAUGUUUCUUUUCAAAGCCAAAAGAGAGAGGCUGCGGAGUGGUACCACAGGGGUAUCUGCCUUGAUUGUAGGCAACAAGUUGCAUAUAGCCUGGCUGGGGGACUCGCAGGUAAUGCUGGUGCGGCAGGGAAAAGCUGUGACCUUGAUGGAACCUCACAAACCAGAAAGAGAAGAUGAGAAAGCCCGUAUUGAGGCGCUGGGUGGCUGCGUAACCUACAUGGACUGCUGGAGGGUUAAUGGUACCUUGGCUGUUUCCAGAGCAAUUGGUGACCUGUAUCAGAAACCCUACGUCUCUGGCGAUGCUGAUGGAGAUUCCUUUGAGCUGAGUGGAUCUGAAGAUUACUUGCUCCUAGCCUGCGAUGGAUUCUUUGAUGCCAUCAAACCAUACGAGGUUGUAGACUUGGUCCUAGAUCAUUUAAUGCAAACCAACGGAGUGGGUGUCAAGGCAGCAGAAAGACUAGUGGCUGCUGCAAAGGAAAAUGGAUCCAGUGAUAACAUCACUGUCCUGGUGGUGUUCUUGAGGGAGCCUCAGCACAUCUUGGCAGACUGCUUCAGAGACCCUAAGAGCCUUGGGGCUGGUGAGGAUGCUCGAAGCUCAGCCUUUAACUUCCUCGGCUGUGAGGCAGCAGCUGCACACUGACAGAAUCUGCUUAAUGCACAACAUUGAAAUAGGUUAAGUUAAGGAAUUGCUUUCCACUGAAGAAGUCUAUAAUAGGCAAAACAAAAUGAC